UCGCGCGCAAUGUUCGUGCACACGCAGCAGGCGGCGUCAAGCUGAACUGUGAUCUUCCUAAACCUGAUAACAAACCGAGGAGCGCGGCAAUUGUCUCUAAAAUGUGUAAAAUCUAAAUUAAACCACACACGUCUCGACCAUUAACUCUUUUGAUGACAAAAAGGGGGCUGUAACCGAACUAUUUUUUGACGUUUAAUGUGAAGUACGAGAAAAAAAUAUACCCAAUUUGAGAUGGGGAAGUCCCCGCAAGGAAAUCCCCUCUUCAUAAGAUAAUUUCGAAAUUGAGUGAGGCUCUCACAGGCUGAAGCUUUCUGCCUUUGGUCUACAGCAGACGCAUGUAGUAAGCCUAUGACACUCAAACCUGUGCAAUAUAUGGGAAAAUCGAACUUUAUGUAUUGGUUUUAACGCGCGAGCGGAUUGUUCAGAAUGGAUGAGAUAAAGAGAGAGAACGACGCACUGAGGGCGAAGUUGCGCAGCUGCUCUACACUCAACACAUUUUACCACGAAACACAACAAGAAAUUGCUCGUUUAAAUCAAUUGGUCACCUCCAAAGACGGAAUAAUUGCCGAUUUGAAGGCAAGACUGGGGAAGUAUGAUAAAACAGUGGUCAUAGAGGGAGAGGAGCCCUAUAUUGUAGGGCCGUCGAAAUCUCUCAUCGAGAGUUUGUGUAAGGAAAUUUGCAAAUUAAAGCAAAACCUCAAGGAGUCAGAGGCAGACGCCGCCCAGAGAUUGGAAACCAGUAAAACAGAGAUCCGGAGGUUGCAAGAAAAGUUGAAGGAGAAGGACCAAGAGCUGGAGACCAUCAGGGAAAGGCCUGACCAGGAGAAAGAAAGGGAGAUCCAGCGACUGCGCUCCAACUUGGCCGAAAGCGAUCGGACACAGGCCACCAGGGCCGUCCUUUGCAACUCUCUAGCUGAAGAAGCCGAGCAGUUGAGGGCACAGCUUGGGGCCACCGUGCAUGUGUGCCAGGAGCUUUUGGGACGGCUGGAGAAAGAGAAGAGCAAGACAGCCAUGACGGAUCAGAGAACUCAAGCAAAUGAGCUUCAUCAGCCGAAAGAAUCCCCUGAAGUUCCCCAUCUGAAUGUCAUCAUCAGCAAGUUAGAAGAGGAGAACGACCAGCUUAAAAAGAGAGUUGCAUAUGUGGAAAGUUUAAACUCAAAGUGGCAGAAGUAUGACUCCAGUAGAGAGGAGUACGUGAGGGGUUUGUGUCAGAAGUUGAAAGAGUCAAACGGUCUGGCAUCCGCAGGUCCGACCCUGACCCAAACUCCGGCGGCGGGCAGCGUGGCUUUGUUCCAGCAGGAGAUUGCGCGGCUCAAUGGCCUCCUGCAGGACAAGAUGAUGGAGUGCGAGAGACUCGGCAGAGAGAGGGAUGACAGUAAAAGAAGAGACCAGGAGCGCAUUCAGAUGCUUGAGCAGCAGGUUUUGGCCUAUAUUGAAGACUUCAAAUCAGAGCGGGCAGAUAGAGAAAGGGCUCAGGGUAAAAUCCUGGACCUUCAAGAUGAAGUUGGGCGACUUCAACUGCAAAUACGCACACAGAGCGUCCAAGAUGCCUCAUCCUCACGGCGACUUCACAUGGGCCUAAAAAAAGUUCCCCACCGACAGAAGGACACUGCCGAACCACGGAGAAACAGUCCCCCAGAAACAAGCUCAAAAAGGACUAUCAGUAACACGGCACCGCAGGGAGCCGCUGAACUGCAGUGCCCUCGCUGUCUCACCACGUAUGACGACGAGCACGCGACCGAAUACCUAAACCACUGGGACGAGUGUGCCAAGCUGUGAGUCUCUCACCUCACUGACUUUUCACAGGGCACAGAAAGCACUGAGGACAGAAUCACUACAAGCUUUCAGACUAUGGGAUGUUUGACAGGGUGUUGAUGAAGGCAGGGGCACGUUUAAACAAGAUGGAGUCGAAGGCAGAGCUUUUUUUCUGGGGGGUUUAGGCUUGGCUUUAUGAUUGUGGGCUUGGUUGAUGUUUAGAAGGUCGCUUGUGGCAUAGGACUCAAGAUAUGACUUUGGGUUGGUCAUUCCCAGUUUAAAGGCUUACUCACAUGGCUGUCAUUGAACCCAGAUGGUUUGGUUAUGAAAAGUUAUUCAAUCUCAAGCAUUUGUGGUUUAUAAGUCACUGGGUUUUGUCACUUGUUUGGUAUUAUGGUUUUCAGCAUGGUACAUUUUGUCUAAGAGCUUCAAUCAAUUUUUUUGCUUAAUACUGUAUUGCAGAUCUGUGUAUAAUUCAGAUGGAUCGUAAAAUUGGUAUCAUAUACCUCACCAAUGUGUAUUCUCUUUAUCAGAUGGUUUGCACUUUUUGCUAUUUUAAUUAUUGCCAAAUACAGAUGAUAAAAGAACAUAACCUUUUAUAUUUAAUACAUAAGCUUCUUUAUUAUUAGACUGUCGAGUAUCAUUCAUGCUGUUUUUGUUAUGGUGCUAUUUGUAAAGAUUAUUGAUCUAUUUUUAUAUUUCAUUUUUCGUCUAAUUGUAUGUGUAUUGUUAUUAUCAGCCUUGGGCUUACAUUUUCAAUCAGAGAUGAUUAUUUGUACCAGAAUAUACAGAGCAGCACAGCGCACACUAUUAAUAAUCUUUUGAUAAUCGACUUUCUGAUUCAUAU